AUGGAUGUGAUUGGACCGAUAGAACCAAGAGCAUCGAAUGGUCACAUGUUCAUCUUGGUGGCUAUUGAUUAUUUUACAAAGUGGGUGGAAGCAGUAACUUUCAAGUCAGUGACCAAGAAGGUCGUGGUGGAUUUCAUCCAUUUCAACAUCAUCUGUCGGUUUGGUAUUCCAAAGGUGAUUAUAACUGACAACGCCGCAAAUCUCAACAGCCACUUAAUGCAAGAGGUAUGCUACCAAUUUAAGAUUGAAUAUCGAAAUUCGACUCCGUAUCACCCAAAGGCAAACGGGGCUGUAGAAGCUGCUAACAAAAAUAUAAAAAAGAUACUUCGUAAGAUGGUGCAAAGUUCUCAACAAUGGCAUGAAAAGUUGCCUUUUGCUUUGUUGGGUUAUCGCACUACAGUCCGUAUGUCAGUGGGCGCUACCCCAUAUUCACUGGUAUACGGGACUGAGGCAGUUAUACCUGCAGAGAUUGAAAUCCAAUCUUUACGAAUUGUUGUGGAGGCUGAAAUUGAUAAUGAUGAGUGGAUCAAAACUCGGUUAGAGCAAUUAAGUUUGAUUGAUGAGAAGCGUCUGACAUCAGUAUGUCAUGGACAAUUAUAUUAG